AUGGAUCAGUGCGUGACGGUGGAGCGCGAGCUGGAGAAGGUGCUGCACAAGUUCUCGGGCUACGGGCAGCUGUGCGAGCGCGGCCUGGAGGAGCUCAUCGACUACACGGGCGGCCUCAAGCACGAGAUCCUGCAGAGCCACGGCCAAGACGCCGAGUUGUCAGGGACACUUUCACUUGUACUGACACAGUGCUGCAAAAGGAUAAAGGAUACUGUUCAGAAAUUGGCCUCAGACCACAAAGACAUCCACAGCAGUGUAUCUCGGGUUGGAAAAGCCAUUGAUAAGAAUUUUGACUCUGACAUUAGCAGCGUGGGAAUCGAUGGCUGCUGGCAGGCAGACAGCCAGCGGCUUCUCAAUGAGGUGAUGGUGGAACACUUCUUUCGACAAGGAAUGCUGGAUGUAGCUGAGGAGCUCUGCCAGGAAUCUGGUCUUUCUGUAGACCCCAGUCAGAAAGAACCAUUUGUGGAGUUAAAUCGAAUAUUAGAAGCAUUAAAAGUCAGAGUUCUGAGACCGGCUCUAGAGUGGGCGGUAUCAAAUCGAGAAAUGCUUAUAGCCCAAAACAGCUCCUUGGAAUUUAAGCUACAUAGACUGUAUUUUAUUAGCUUGUUAAUGGGUGGAACUACAAAUCAGCGAGAGGCAUUGCAGUAUGCUAAAAAUUUUCAGCCAUUUGCCCUAAAUCAUCAAAAAGACAUUCAGGUUUUGAUGGGAAGCCUCGUGUACCUGCGACAGGGGAUUGAGAACUCACCGUAUGUUCACCUGCUUGAUGCGAAUCAGUGGGCUGACAUCUGUGACAUCUUUACUCGGGAUGCCUGUGCCCUCCUGGGGCUCUCCGUGGAGUCCCCUCUCAGUGUCAGUUUCUCAGCAGGUUGCGUGGCGCUGCCAGCUUUAAUUAACAUUAAAGCUGUGAUUGAGCAGAGGCAGUGCACUGGAGUUUGGAACCAGAAGGAUGAAUUGCCCAUUGAAGUGGACCUCGGUAAGAAGUGCUGGUAUCACUCCAUAUUCGCCUGUCCCAUUCUUCGUCAGCAAACAACAGAUAGCAACCCACCCAUGAAAUUGGUCUGCGGUCACAUCAUAUCGAGAGAUGCCCUGAAUAAAAUGUUUAACGGUAGCAAAUUAAAGUGUCCGUAUUGUCCAAUGGAACAAAGCCCAGGAGAUGCCAAACAGAUAUUUUUCUGA